AUGGCAGAAAAGGCUCGAGUCCUUCUCGUGGGAAGCGGUGGCAUCGGCACCAUGGGGGCCGUGAGCCUGGAAAAGGGCGGGUUGGCGACCGUGGCCGCGGUGCUGCGAUCAAAUUACAGUGUGGUCAAGGACCGGGGAUUCACCAUCGACUCGUGCGACCAUGGCAAGUUCGACGGGUGGAGGCCCUCCGAGGUGCUGUCGAAGGUGCCGGAUGUGACGUCCACCAACAAACCAUUCGACUAUGUCGUCGUCACCACCAAGAACAUCCCUGACGUGCCGCCGACCGUCGCCGACUUGAUCCGCCCCGCUGUUACGCCCGGCCACUCGGUCAUCGUGCUCAUCCAGAACGGGCUGAACAUCGAAAAACCCCUGAUGCAGGCCUUUCCGGACAACGUCGUGCUCUCGGGCGUGUCGCUGAUGGGCGCCGACGAGCUGAGUCCCGGCCACAUCCUCCAGAACGACGUGGACCGGCUCUUCAUUGGGCCAUUUCUCUCCCACAAGAUCGACCCGAGCAAGCAGGUCGCCGCCGCCGAGGACUUUGUGCGAAUAUACUCCGCCUCGGGCAAGGUGCAGUGCUCGUAUCAGGCCGACGUGCUGUUCAUCCGGUGGAGGAAGCUCAUGUAUAACGCCGUCUGGAAUCCCAUCUGCGCCCUGACCGACAUGGACACCACCCGCCUGCGACUCGCCUCUGACGCCCAGGACCCGGCCAGCCCCCUCAACCUGUUGGUGCGGCCGGCCAUGAACGAGAUACGGGCGGCGGCCAAAGCGGCCGCGGGCGUCGAGCUGGACGAGUCCCUGGUGGAGGCGCAGGUGGAAUGUGACCCUAUGGAGAUAUUCUGCGCGCCUAGCAUGCUGCAGGACCGGCGCAAAGGGCGGUUCAUCGAGUUCGAGAACAUCCUGGGUGAGGCCCUGCGGGAAGGGGAGCGUGCAGGCGUCGCCAUGCCCACCAUCAAGUGCUUGUACGGCCUGUGCAAGGCGACGCAGUGGCGGACCAUGGAGCAGAACGGCCUGGUCGACGUCCAGAAGCUGAUGGGGACCUACCGCGGGUCUUCAGGUGCUUGA